AUGGUGGCAAUGCUUUCGAUGUUGUUGUUUAUCGGGGGUAUCUGUGGUUUGCGGCUGUCCGAAGCGUCCGUACGCUUUACCAACUACACCGACGAUUGGGACCCGAAAUACCUGGAUGUUGAUAUGCGCGUCCGACGGCUCGACCAAACGACCGCGAUCGAUUUCGACCUGGAUCUGAAGCAGGAGCUCGACAAGAACGUUGAGUACGACGUGCGGCUGUGUAAGCGUGUUGCAGGGAAGUACCACCAGAUGAUGUAUACCGGCAGGCAGCAACUGUGCGGGAAGGAUUUACGCCGAUCACGGAACCUGCUGGAUCGGUACAUUGCCUCGGAGUUGGUGAAACAUUCGAAUCUAACCACACGCUGCCCGAUCCCGAAGGGUCACUACGAGGUGCGAAACUUUGAAAUUGAUGAUCGCCAUUUGAUGAUGAGUGUAGUACCGUCGGGCGAGUUUCUCAUCGAGGUCGGUGUGUACCAUCGUGGUAAGGAAAUCAAAAUGAACCGCUGGUUUGUGACGGCUACGUAG